CUUUAUUCUCUCUCCGUCUACGUCUACGUCUCCGUCUCCGUCUCCGUUUGUUCUUCAACCUUCUCUCACGCCACCUUCAUUUUCCUUUCUUUCUUCCUGUUUGCUGAAUUCUGGGUUUCUGAAGUUCAAGCUCGUUGUUUUUCUCUGCUGAUUAUAGUGUCGGAGAACAAAAGAAGUGUAAAGUAGAUUAGGAAGAACAUGGGGUGGAUUACAGUUAAUAUCGGACUUGCGUGUUUGUUUAGUAUGUUGUGUUGUGGGAAAGGGAUUGGUGUGAACUGGGGAACACAGGCAUCCCACCCGCUGCCGCCGGAGACCGUAGUGAGGAUGCUGAGAGAGAAUGGGGUUCAAAAAGUGAAGCUUUUUGAUGCGGAUUACGCUAUACUCAAGGCUCUGGGUAAGACUGGGAUUGAGGUUAUGGUGGGAAUCCCAAAUGACAUGCUUGCUUCUGUUGGUGGCAGCAUGAAGGCUGCUGAGAAAUGGGUUUCCAAGAAUGUUUCCGAGCAUAUCUCCUCCAAUAAUGUCAACAUCAGAUAUGUUGCUGUUGGUAAUGAACCUUUCUUGCAGACAUAUAAUGGAAGCUAUCUUAAGAUAACCCUCCCUGCUCUUAAUAAUAUCCAGUCUGCCCUGAUCAAAGCCGGGAUUGGCAGCCAAGUAAAGGUUACGGUUCCUCUCAAUGCCGAUGUUUAUGCGAGUUCGAAUAGUUAUCCAUCUGGGGGCGACUUCCGUACCGAUAUCUUUGACCCCAUGCUUAGUAUUGUCAAGUUCUUGAAUGACGUUAACUCUCCCUUCACAGUGAACAUCUAUCCUUUUAUAAGCCUCUAUACUGAUCCCAAUUUCCCAGUUGAGUAUGCAUUCUUUGAUGGCAAUGCAUCACCGGUAAACGACGGUGGGACGUUAUAUUACAACAUGUUCGAUGCUAAUCUCGACACCCUUACACAUGCAUUACAGAAGAAUGGAUUUGGAAAUUUGCCCAUUAUAGUUGGGGAGAUUGGGUGGCCUACUGAUGGUGACCGGAACGCUAACAUAGAGUAUGCUCGACGCUUCAACCAAGGUUUAAUGACUCAUAUUUCUGGUGGGAAAGGAACCCCGUUGAGACCGGGGCCAAUAGAUGCAUAUUUGUUUAGCUUGAUUGACGAGGAUGAAAAAAGCUUUGAUCCGGGAAAUUUCGAACGCCACUGGGGGAUUUUUUAUUAUGAUGGACAGAUUAAAUACCCUCUCAACCUCGGUACCACAAACAGUGGAGCUCUAGUUCCUGCAAAAGAUGUGCAUUACUUGGAAAAGAAGUGGUGUGUGAUGAAGCCUUCAGCCAGACUCGACGACCCGCAAGUGCAACAGAGUGUGAGCUAUGCAUGCGGGCUCGCCGACUGCACUAGCCUCGGUUACGGGACGUCAUGUGGAAAUCUAGAUGCCAGGGGAAACAUUUCUUAUGCCUUUAACAGUUAUUUUCAGAAGAACAACCAGCUUGACGUGGCCUGCAAGUUCCCAAAUGUUUCGGAGAUCACGAAAACCGACCCAACCCCGGCGGUGGGGAAUUGCAAGUUUCCUAUAAUGAUCCAGCCCUACUAUGAAUCCGCAGGUUUCCGAUUACGGUGUUGCCAGAAGCCAUUGAGUUUGGUUUCUGUUCUUGUUCUUAUUUUGGUAACCAUUCUAUGAAUUUGAAGGAUUCUAAUUGAGGUGACAUUCUUCUACAAACCAUCACAUGGAUAAACAUGGUUGGAAGGUGUAGUUGAAGCUUG